AUGGCAGCUGCUCCCAUCAGAGUGUUCUCCAUCGUGGUGUUCGGCUCCAUCGUGAACGAGGGCUACCUCAACACCCCCUUGGAGGGUGAGGAGUUCUGCAUCUACAACCGCAACCCCAACGCCUGCAGCUACGGUGUGACCGUGGGCGUGCUCACCUUCAUCACCUGCCUGCUCUACCUGGCCCUGGACGUCUACUUCCCGCAGAUCAGCAGCGUGAAGGACCGCAAGAAAGCCGUCCUGUCGGACAUCGGUGUCUCGGCCUUCUGGGCCUUCCUCUGGUUCGUGGGCUUCUGCUACCUGGCCAACCAGUGGCAGGUCUCCAAGCCCAAGGACAACCCACUUAACGAAGGGACGGACGCAGCCCGGGCCGCCAUCGCCUUCUCCUUCUUCUCCAUCUUCACGUGGGCAGGCCAGGCUGUGCUGGCCUUCCAGCGGUACCAGAUCGGCGCCGACUCGGCCCUCUUCUCCCAGGACUACAUGGACCCCAGCCAGGACUCCAGCAUGCCUUACGCCCCCUACGUGGAGCCCAGCGCCGGGCCCGACCCCACCGGCAUGGGUGGCACCUACCAGCAGCCAGCCAACGCCUUCGACACCGAGCCCCAGGGCUACCAGUCGCAGGGCUACUGAGCCGCAGUGACCGCUUCCUCCUCGCCCAGUCCCCGCCUGCCCCAGUCCCAACUGCCCCCUGCCCCCUCCUCCCACACCCGGCCCCUCCCUCCCAGGCUGCCCUGCCCAGAUCCUCAUCAGCCUCCCAGUUGUUCCUCUGAGGCCCAGGGCGGCUUGGGGUGGGCAGGGCAUAAGGAGUUGCAGGGGGUAUGUCUACGUGUGUGUGUCCAGCAGGAGCCUAGGGUGUUUGCAUUCAUCCAUUCUGUCAUCGAGCAUCCAUUGAGCACCUACUGUGUGCUGAGCCCAUGCUUGGCAUGGGUGUGAGGGACAUGGUGUCUGGGAAGGGGGAGAUGUGGAGGAGGCCUUUUGGUGCCAGCGGUGGGAAUGGUGAGAAAGACGGGUGAUGCUGGGAAGGUCUGGCUGCAGGGUAACUGAUCACCCGCAAGACCGUAGGGCUGUCACCUGCUCGGUGUGACACAGCAGCCCUGCUAGGAGCAUCAGGCUGUCUGCGUUUUAUGGUUGUAGAAACUGAGGCCUGGGGAAGUCAAGGUCACUCCUCCAGGGUCACUCAGGCAGCCAGUGAUGGAGGUGGGGCCAAGCCUAGGCUGCCUGAUGGGUGGGCACCUGCUGUCCCUGGUCCCGGUCUCCCCCAUCCCUCAGCCUGGGGCUCCAGUGCUUGGUGCCCCCAUUACUCUGGGAGGCCUCGGGACCUCAGCCCUGAGACACCCCGAUUCUGCUGCAAGCUGGGGGCCUAUUCUGCUCUCGCUCUUCCCCAGCUGGACAGCCCUGCCUCCAGGCCCCUCGCCACGUCCCCACCGGCCCCUCCCAGGGUGGGCGUCCCCUGCAUACCACUCUGCUGUGUGUGCCCUGCUGGGAGCUCAGCACCUUUUUUGUGGCUUCCCGAAGGACUGACCACCGUCCCUGCCCCUAGGGGAGGCCAAGACCCCGCCCACGGCGGGUGGAAAGGAGGCCCAGAAGGGGAGCAGCUGGCCAGGGUCACAGCAUGAGUGGCAGAGCUGGGCGUGCUGCCUGGGUUUCUUGGCCCCAGCUGCCCAGCAGGUGGCCCGAUUCCCUGCCCUGUGACCCCCAGGAAACAACUGAUCUGGGACAUUGUCUCCCCUUGCCCUCUGGGGUCAGCCAGCCUGGGGGCUCCAGGAGCCAAGGGACGGAAGGUCCCUCCCCUGGCCCUCAGGAGGGGCCGGUCUCCCUGUGGGAGGCUGAGUAGAGGGGACAAGGACUCUGGACCUGCAUGGCCAGCCUAGGAGCUGCUGCCGUGGUCCGAACUGCGCCAAGAUGAACGGUGAGAGCCCUGGUGCAGGGGAGGCUCGGGGAGGCCACAGGCUGCAGAGGAGAGAGUAGCAGGUGUCCCCAAUGUACAGGGAAGAUUGGGGGGGCUGUUGCACAAGGUGGGCUCUUUAUGGAGCCUCGAGUGACAGGGAGGCCUUGAACGGUGGAGAGAGGUGUUGGCUGUUCUUACCUCCAGCACCUGAUGCCCACAGAAGAACCCUAAGAGGCAGGUAAUAGCAGCUGUGGGGCACCUGCUGGGAUCAGGAGCUGACAGCCGGUUGGAGAUGAGCGCUAGGCCCACCAUGGACCAGGGUGCACGCUGGGCUGAGGCCCCAGGAGGGUCCUGAGGAUGGAGGAGUCAGCAUGGCGGUGAGGGAAGAAGGAACUUCCUCGCCAGAGAAGUAGCAUUAUUGUCCCCACUUAACAGAAGGGGAAACUGAGGCUCAGGGAGUGUGAGUUAGCAGUGGGGCAUGGAUUCGAACUCGGGUCUGUUCAAGUCUUCCCCAGGGGCAGCACUGAGGGGAGAGGACCCCAGACGGCCGGGCAGCAGCUGCUUGUUGCUGACCAGCUCCCGAAUCUGAGUGGCCCGGCUGUGCCAGACCGGAGGUUUCGGAGCAGUCGGGGUGGGUGGGGUGGGUGUGUUUCUGGCGGAAGUUCUAAGCCCAUGCAGGAGGCAGUGAGAAGUCCUUCCCGUCCCCACUCCCCACCAGAAGCCUCCCCUGCUGGCGGGCACUAGGAGACCCCGGGUCUGCCCAGCUGCUCUCCCUGAGCCCCGCUGUGGUGGUGCUGGGCUGGAGGGCAGGGUACGUUUCCGCUUCAUCCAGUCCCUGGGUGUUUAUUGCAGACUCCCUGCCACCCUGGACUGGGAGAGUUCACAAGACCCCUGGCAGGAGUGGGGGUCACUGACUCAUCUCACUCAACAUUCUGGGGUACAGCCCACGCAUCCACCAUCAGGCAGGGGCCAGCCCACGGUGGAGCUGAGAAACGGCGAGAGAUGUCGGAGGGCAGGGCGUGGAGGGGACCCAGGGCUCCUGACUCGCCCACUGGGAAGUUGGGGAAGCCUGUUCUCUGUGUUGGCUGAGGAGCCCUGGGGGCCCAAGCUGGGAGGCCAGCAGUAUCCCCUUUCCCUCCCUGUUGCCCCCCCUUCCUUGGAGAAAUGCCCCUGACCCUGCAGAGUUUGGGUUUCCUUCUCCCAUCAAGCACAAGGCAGCCCAGGCAGACUGGCUCCACACAAGGUUAGACUUGCAAGGACCCUCGAGACAGGAGUCAGCGGAAGACAGUGACUUGUCCAAAGUCAAGCACAGAGCUAGCGGUUCAGGGUCCAGGCCUCCUGCCUCUGAGCGGACACUCACCCUUCCCAUUGACGGCCGCCUGCCUGGGGGUGUAACACGGAGAGACUAAUUCCCAGGGGACUGGCAUUCCCUCCCCCCUCCAACCUUCCCUGGUGAUUCUUUAUCUUCAAAGACUUUUCCAGGGUCCCAGGCCUCUCCCAUGUAACCAAGAACCCCCACUUGUUACCCCCUCGGGGCCCCCAACCUUGAACCAAGACCCCUUUUGACUCUAAGGAGCACGAAGGGGGGGCUCCCCUCUCUAGAGUUUGUGGGGGGAUGGGCUGGUCCGCCGUCUCCCAGCGCUGCGCCUGGAUGUGACCCUCCCCGUCCCCUGGUGCCCAAGCCCUGUCUGGGCGCCCGCCCCUCCUGCAGCGUUACUGCCUGUGUAUAGUAUAAAUAUAUAUAUUUUCUAUAUAUAAGAUGUAUAAUAUAAGGCUCCGCAAAUAUAUCUGUGUGUGUGCGUGUGUGUGCAGUGAAUGGUGGUCCCCAUCCUGGGCCCCACUCGGGACUCCCCCACCACCUGGUUCAGUCUCAGGAGUGAAUCCAGUGGCCCCGCGGCACCCUCCUUUCUGACACCCGUCCCUUUGUGGUGAACCAAGUGAAGGUGGUGACUUCUGGUGACAGUAAUAAAGUGAAGACUCAAAACCCACCCGCGGGUUGCAGUGUGUGGCCUUGUGUUCUUGCUCUUUGUUCUUCGAGAACCUGGCUUGGGAUUGCCCAUCCGCCAUCUCCCUUGACCUGGGACAUGUUUUGUUCAUCUUUGUUUAGUAAAAAGUAAAAUCAUUACAGUUGAA